AUGUCUUAGUGAGUAGGGAAUUCUGGAAUUCUGGGCGCACGUAUCGUAUGACUGUCUCCAGCAGCAUCCGUUACUUCUGCCACACCCCAAUGGCCGCUCCGUGUGUCUCUUUUAUAUGCACGUUCGUUUGGCCACGCCCCUCAAGUAUGAACUUGUGGAGGCCCCGCCCCUUCCCCCGUCCCUUGUCUCGCCGCCUCUCGUAGCGGUGUCGGCAGGAGGAGCGAUGGAGGAGAUGCAGACUGAAAAACGUUUUUGACUGCCCGAUGGAAUGGGCGGAGUCAAAGUGUUCGCCCAUUUCCGCUCAGUCGCCUAAGAAACGACCAGUAGUUAUAUCUGUCUUUUUGCAGCGAUGAAGACUGGUUUGCGCCCGACGAGUUCAACAAGCCGGAAAGCAGUCCUGGUGGCGCCGGAAACUUUAACAUCGACGUGAGUUCCGUUCUGGAAGAAGCUUCUCAAAAAGUCGCCACGUUUCCAGAAUAUCCCAUUCAACGAGGAUGCUCCAUCACCAGGACAAAAUGUGGAUUAUAUGGUGGCGGCGCCGGACGAGUACAAUCAGUUCAACGAGCCGCUGCUGUUAUCCCCCGGCAACAGUGGGCACAAUGGACAGCACGCAGGGCCUGGCGGACAGUUUCAGAGUAUGCAUCUAAUGCAGAACAAUGACACGUUCGACCAGCACAUGCAGCCGUCCACGAGUCUGGUGAGUCUUAUUUUGAGAGUGGAAAAUGGAAAGGAAUGGGCCAAUUUGCAGGAAUACGAUUCGUUCGAAAUGCCGACGGUGAUCAGUUCAAAUUUCGAGCCAGAUCCGUUCCAGGAUCUCAGCAGAAUCGACGAUCCCAACUCGUAUUAUGCCGUGAGUCGAUUUUUGCUUUGCAUUAAUAAUUGGGGCUGUUCUCAUGCCACGUACGAUUACAGAAUCAGCAGCCGUCCACGUCGAUGGGCAAUGAUAUGGUGAUGGGCGGCGACGGAGGCUAUGAUAUGAUGGGCCCGCCAGCGAACUCCUCCUACAUGCCGCACAUGGAUCAGAUGGAACCGACGGGUUCAGUCUCCUCGCAACCUGGUACCAGUCAGCAGGAUAUGGGACAGGUUCAGUCGAAGCCGAAACCCAAAAAGUCGAGGCCUAAUAACAAGAAAAAGGCGGGAGGUGAGAGAUUGAUUGCAAUAGAAAAUUCUAAAAAUUCAAUAAGAAACCGCUUCAGGCCAAUCAGCAGAUUCUGUUGGGACAGUGCUAACGAAAGUGAACAAAAUGGCGUCACAAGCACUCGGAAAUAGUAAUAGCGGAAACAACGGAACUGCACAGAAAGUGGAAAUGAGGAUGAGCGCAGAAGACAGUAAUCGGGUGAGUAUUUCUGUUUCUUUUCCCAGUAGGAACUGGUCCCUUGCAGAUGCAACAGUUAUUGCCCGAGUUGGGAAGGUUGACAGCAAUGCAGCAGCAAGGCGUCGACGUAGCUGAUCAGUUGGCCCAAGUGCAAGCGGAAAUAGCUGCGCUGUUCGGGAAGAAUGUGCAAGCAUCGGGCUCCGAAGAGUCGAACACCAUCCUGAGUCAAAUUCAAAAUUUGUCGCAGAGCAUGUCUCAGCCUGCUCCAGCUCCGCCGCCACCUCAGCCUAAGAAGCCGGCGCCGAAAAGGAACCGGAACAGCCAAAACUCGAAGCCGACGCAACAGCAGCAACAACAGCCGAUUCAGCAGCAACAGCCGGUACCCCUAGCUCAGAUGACACCUGCGAAGAUUGUGAUGGAACCGCCGACGACGACGAUGGUGCCGAGCAACAGUAGCGCGAACAACAGCUACAGUGGCAACGAGAAUUAUGGGAUGUACCAGCCGAUGGAUCAGCAGGGAACGAGUCAGCAGUACGCCGACUACCAGCAGCCGAGCUCUCACGAUUCCAUGCACCAUCAGACGAAAUUGGUGCCUUCCAUGAACCAGAGGACACACAACUACCGGCAAUCGGUGGUUCUCAAUUCUCAGAGUCAAAAUGGACCGGAUCCGUCUCCACAACAUUAUCAGCCCCAAUCUCAUGAAAGUCACCACAUGGAUCAGAUGCACGACCAGCAGUACCACCAUCAAAACCAGCAGGAACCGCAGCAAAUCUACGUACCCCAACAGCAUCAACAAGACGAUCGGCACAUGUAUCAAUCGCAUCACGAUAUGGAGCCGACGCUUGGAGACGUCGUCAGACAUCCUCAGGGCAGGUACCAAGGUCCGCAGGACGCACCCAAUCUCAGGCAGCAGUUGUUGUCGAAUGUGAACGCGACGAGCAGUGUGAAGCAAGUGCUCCAGGCAACGACGACGCCGUCGCCUGGCAACCUUCAUGUUAAUAAUAAUAUGCAACAGUACGGAGAGCAGAUGCACAAUAGCUAUCCGCAGAGUCAAGAGCAGCAUGUGCAGCCGCACUCGCAGCAAGGCUUCGACAAUGAUUUCGCCGGACUCGGCGCAUUCUUCGAGAUGCCGAUGCAGAAUGAGCAGCAGCAGGAGAUGGAUCCACAGAUGGAAAUGCAGAUGCAUCCGCAGCAGGACGAACAGUUUCAGCCGGAAGAGAUGUAUCAUCCGAUGGAAGAUCAGCAGAUGAUGGACGAGGAUGUGGAAUACGUACAGAUGCCGGAAUCACCGGUUGAGAUGGCGGAAGAAGAGUUGGAAGAUCACAUGGAGGAGCGAAGAGAGCUGAGGAGUCAAAGGGUGAAGCAUCUUAUGCUGGAUCAACUAAACACUCUGAGUCAGCCGACGGAUGUGUCAAGGUUCAGCGGACUGCUCGACAUAUUCAGUCGGAUGCUGCCGUACCAUCACUACACCAGCACAGAAGAACCCGUUCCCGAUUGUGAGUUUCUUUUCCUUUCUCUCUUCGUUAAAACUCAUUCGAAUUUGCAGUUGACGAAAACUUCAAACGGGGUAUGGCCAAAAUGACGGUACAAUCGGAAGCGAUCGGCAAUCGGAUACGCAACAUUCUGCUGAGAGAUUCGAUGCGGAGGAAGACCGAGUGGGAAGAGAACAUGCUUCUUUUUCUCGAGACGGAGAAGGAACGACGGCAACUUGAGGAAGAUCGGAAGGCUGCUCAGCAGGAUCCGAUCAGCUUCCUACAGAACAGUGAUAUCAUUCAUUUGUGGCAGAACAAUCGGCUGAAUCUGGAACGGACUCGGCAAGCGAUUCCUCCGAUGCCUGCGCAUCUUCAAGGUUUGUUUCUAGCUGUCCUCUUUGCCCUUUAUCACUUUGAUUUUUCAGAACUCGAUAUUAAAAACGGUCAAUUAUCAGCGAUUUACAAGGAAUACGAGUUCGACUCUUACGACGUGAACCGUCCGACCGUCUCGCCUUCCGCCUACGAAGCCUUCGGGUAUGAAGAGGAGUCCGACUCUGAGCCGGAGCCUGAGCCCGAGAUGGAAGAGCCCGAGAUGCUGGUCCGCAGUGAUCUUUCUCCGAUCGCCGGAUUCCCGCAGCUCUCCCCUCUCCCGUCGGAAUCGCCCGCUCGGUCUCGCAACGAAAGUGAGAGUACGCUUGAUUUCCCAAUCGAGGACGAAUCGCCGAUACUCUCUCCGGAAACGGAGAAAUUAUCAAAGGCCGAUCAGUUUCGUCGGGAAAUGUUCGGUGAUGACGAAGAGCUCGACAAGCCAGAAAUGUUUCCGUUCGAAGAGAUCAAGGAAGCGGCACGGAAACAUCAGCAAGCGCCCUCCCAGCAUCAGCAAGCGCCCUCCCAGCAUCAGCAAGCAGCCCAGUCCGUCGAGUCCAGUUCCGAAUCCAGUUAUUCGGCUGACAGCAGUCCCCGUCCACGGUCCGUGUCGCCUCAGCCGGGGCCCAGUUCUCGAAUACUUCCUCCUGUUGCUUCUAAACCUUCGACGUCAGCGGCUCCUGCUCAUCGGCGCUAUCAGCGGGAUAGCUCUGGAUCGCCGGAACUCGGCAACGACUAUGCCAGAAGAGCAAAGUCGGCGAAAUCAACUAAACCGACGAAAUCAGCGGAAGUGGAGCCGAUACCUCUGCCAGUGCCUCUCAGUCAGAUCAAGAAGGAAAAAGACGAUGACGGACUACGACUGAAGCUGAAAGUCCCGAUUGCAGUUUUCCAAAAGGGACUCGAGAUUGCUGCCAGUGGCGACGAAGAUAUUCAGGAGAUUCCUGUCGAAUCGCCGAUGAGACAGCCAAUUAAGUUGAAGUUCAAUCUUGCGAAUAUCAAGUUGGAAGAGCCGUCUCCGGACAGAGAGUUAGUACCUUCGGGCCCCUCCCGGUCGAGGACGGCGACUCCUGCGAUGCCAGCAGAGCCGACGAUUUCGGCGAAAGUCAUGCCGAAGCGAGCCGCAACGCCCGUCAAGGAACACGUGUUCAAGACUCCGCUGCAAACACCCCUCAAAUCGGCGAAUUCGAGAAAACGAAGAAGCGACAAGAUUGUGGAUCAUCCGCAACAGAAGAAAGCGACUCCAUUGACGAUGAAGACGGUGACACCCAGAAAGAACGGAACAAUAGAACUGAAACGAUUCCUGAGUUGCGAGAGAUCUGGAAGAAAGCUAACAAUGAAGAUUGGAAAGAUUCCGGGGGACAUCCGCCAAUUCGUGACUCCACGCAAAGAUCGAAAGGGAAAUUUGCACAAGGACUUGCGGCCAACCAAGGAAACUCGAUUGAAGAUGACCCUGAAGAAAUCAACGAAGGGAGACUGGCUCGUGAACUUUACGGAGAAGGCGCCGGAAGCCCUGGAAGAAGCAGCGCAUGUCCUGAAUAUGACUGCACCGACUACCAGCUCGAUUCCUCUAACUCCUCCAUCUGUUGCUCCACCAAUGUCCCGCACUGCUCCUGGUUCACGAAAGUCAUCGAUGGAUAUGUCUGGAAAGGACAGGAAGAACAGUGGUGCGAAGAACAAGUCGGCAUUCACUCUUCUGUUCAAUCCACGUGCCACCGCUGCUCCGAGGCCGGCUCCGUCGAAUGCUCCGUCGUCUUCGUCGGCAGUUACCACUCCAUUCGCGGCACCGUCUUCCUUCUACCGCAGCUUCCCCUCCUCCACUUCCUCCAUAUCCGCUCCAAGACCGUCGACCUCAUCGCUUGCAUCGUCUUCGUCUUCCUCUUCGUUUAUGUCGAGAGUGCCAGCACUGGCUCCAGUGUCCCUCUCCACGCCAGUCGCCGUUCGUCCAUCCGCCGCGCACGCUGCUCCUGCUCCGAUCCUUCCAAUCAGAACGAAUCCGAUCGUGCCGAAGAUCACCGUCACCACUGCAACCGCGGAGACCACGAACGGACCGAUCGAUCAGAAGAAGAAGAAGUUGUCAGCGCUCCUGCCCUGGAUGUCCGAUGGCGACGAAAGUCCGCAACCGAGAUCAGCAAUGCCAUCGACUUCAUCAUCUGUGUUUCCGUCGACGUCUUCACUAUACCCCUCGACAAGCACUCCGCUUCUGUCGAAAGUAAAGACGGAGCCACAGGAUGCGAGUGAGAUACCGGCCCAUUCUGGAGUGAGUCUAUUCCCUCCUACUUUCUCUGCAAAAAUCCGUUUUCUUUUUAGGAUUCCCCUCGUGCCUCCUCCUCUCUUUCGAUGUCUUUCUUCGACGACGACCGAGCGAACGGAUUCCCAUUCCUUCAUUCGCCCAAAAAAACGAGUGAACCGUUGCCGGUUGUCGAGUUUUCAGGUAUAUCAUUCCCUCUGUCUCACAGUUUCCACAGUUCCAUCCGUUUCAGACGACGAGGAGACCGAACUGGCGCAUUCGACGUUCAGUAACGCCACGGAUCAUCUGCUCGGCACCAGCAAUCGGAGCGCGCCGGUGAACGGAGCGCCUCCGAUCCUGCCCUGGGCGGACCCCUGA